GUAAAGCGCAUACGUAUGUGUGUAUGUGUAUGUGUGAGUGUGUGCGUGUAUGGGUGAGAUUCUAUAGACUUUUUUUUAUUUAUAUAUAUAUAUUUUUUUUAAUUAUACACACUUCAGCUUCAUCGUCCAUCUGGCGUUUGGAGUAAGAUUAACAUAGAUUUUACCCAUCUGGAUUUUAAAAAACGUUUUUGAGGAAGAAUGUCAGUGUCGCUGACCAUUUCAUCACAGUACAGGAAUUAAAUAGUUAUAUUUAAUUAAAUGACAUUCAUCAGAGUAAUGGAUGUUUAGACCAAACUAUGAGAGUUUGCAUGAGUUUGUUUGCAUGGAGCUGAACAUCUCUGAAUAGACUCAGUGACUGUUCUUAGAAAGAGGUGAUCAUUCCAGACCUUAUGUAUCAAAUAUGAAUCUGUAAUUUGAAGAAGUGAUCUUAAACAAAGCUGAGGACAAUCAGAAGAAGAAACAGACAGAAUGCUGAAGACCCUUACUAAAAAACUCAGAAGACACUCUCUGAAUGAGAUCCACCCUUUUCAAGUAAAGAUUUCCUACCAUGGCAGUGAGGAAGGAGGGGAGAGCGAAGACUCAGAAGGUGAAAACCAAGAGCUGGCACAGAUUGACAGAGAGCGCCGGCGGAACUGCGCCUUGACCCCUCUAGCCACUAGCCAGCAGCACAACCAGGGCAUUCUUUCUCCCGCCCACUUACGGCGUCUACGUUUAUUCCUGGACCCAAUCCUGGACCAUCACAGUUCCGAAGAGGAGCUUGAGCGCAUCGCAGGAGCUACGGUGGCAGAAGGGGGCCGAAAGUGGCACAGACAUGGAGACAUGAGCAGUGCCUCUAGUGAUGAGGAGGUGAAGGACCUGUGUGGGCCAAAUGAAUCGUCGGCGGGACCUCGCUUGAGCACCACCUCUCCCAGCCCCGUUCUCUUCAGCUCCUCCCCUCCUCGAGUCCUCAAGCCUUUUCACACCCCAGCCCGCCUAGCUGUCCGGCCCAUCAUUCUCAGCCACUUUGAACAACCUUCCAUGCCUUACUGGAGACACCGGCCCGCUUACACAGGAGAACCUGGUCGCCCCAGCUUGGAUCUGGAGAAAAUGCAGCAGAAAAUGCUUCUAAAAAAGAACUGUGGAGGGAAAACAAGGACAAUCAAGAUUCGGUCUCUAAGCAGCUCUACAGCAGGCAAUAAUGUCAUUGCAUUACAAAAACCUGACUGGUGGCCGUCACACACCCCGCUAUUCCUACGAUCCACCCAUCUUCGCUUUCCGCCCACUGAGCAACGCUCCACCCUGCAGCCCCCUGCUCUCUGCCGAGGAACCUCCAUGUGCUUGAGGGAAAGGACUGGAAACUCGCAGAGACAAAACAUCACAAAUUUGUGGACCAAAAAUUACCAACAUUAAAGACAAUGUUUGUUUGCACUGCCUUUUAUUUUGCAGGAUAUAAGUGUGAACAAAGGCCCUGUGAUAAGGCCUGUUGACAAAACAGGAAGUGUGAUCAGGGCCAGAAUGUAGAAGAGGAAUGAGGAGACGGCCACCCUUUGCCUUUAGCCGUCUCAUCCUCUUUAUCUCUCAGGAAACCCACUUAGAACUUAUUAUAAUGACAAGGCCAUGACCACUGGGCCAACUUUUAAACAACAACUAAAUGGUUUGGUCUCACUUAUGUGUUGAACGGGAGUGAGCAGGGAUUAGAUAAUGGUUCGUUGAAAGCGUCUCAUGAUUGGUCCACAUGGUUAUGUUGAGAUCAUCGGAUUGAGAGUAUAACGUAAAACCACAUUCAGGUUGCUUUCGGUUUAGACCGCAAAAUGUGAUGAGAGACAAUCAGUUUAAUGCCAGAAUGGGCCUUGAUUAAUUUUUGAUAAAAUAGUUUUUUCGAUCUAUAAAAAAUGUAAACCGGAAAGCACAGGCCAUGAUAGUCCAAGUCAUUGUUCAACUUCAGAUGUUAUGUAAGUCUGACCAUAACAAUGUAUCAGUUAUCAGAGCUGAUUAUCUGAUGUGUAUUCCAAAGUAAUUAAAUCUGAAGUGAAGAACGAGGGAAAAAAAACACUAUACUAGAAUCUUUCAGCAUCAGAUACUGUAUUAAACAUAAGCCUUACUAUGUAGCAUACUCAGUGCUGUGUACAUAAGUAUAAUAACUUUUACCAUCAAUAUCUAGUUUAUUCAAUGUUUUGACACUGUUUGAGCACACCAGGGAUACAAUCAUUCCUGCAAAAUACGCAUUAUAUACUGUGUACUAUUUAAAAAAAAAUACAGUAUAAUGUGAUACAUUAUAACUACAACAAUGUUCGGAAAAAAAAUGCUGUUUGUAUAUAUAUAUAUAUAUAUAUAUAUAUAUAUAUAUAUAUAUAUAUAUAUAUAUAUAUAUAUAUAUAUAUAUAUAUAUAUAUGCAUACAGUAUAUAUAAAAUGUUAGUUUGCAUGGAUUCAUUUCUGAAAAAAAAAUAAUAAUAAAAAAAUAAUGGCUUAUUAAUCACACUGGAAAUAGAAGGUCUCCAGAAAAUGUGCAUACUAUUCACGCUAUACACAUAACAUACUGCAAAAGUAGUAAGAUGAGUAUGCUAUUAUACUAUUCCAAACAUAGCCUGUGUGUUAACCUUACGAUGUGUAAAAAAUUAAGUACAGAAGUCAGCAUGUGCAUCUUAAUUGGGGACAGCAGGAAUCCUAUCCAUCUGAGGAUUUUGAUUGUGGAUGUAAUGUACUUAGCAGCAUACUUCAAUAUUUUUUACUGAAAGUAAACUGCAGUUGUAACCCAUGUAAGGGUCAAUAAGCUAGGCCAACCAGAGGGUGAACAGUACAAGGACAAUUACUUGUAGUUGUUUCAUAAGUUUCACCUAGGUGUUACAUGUAUCUAUGUGAAACAAAUACAGUAUUUUUGAACUAUAGCUCUAGGGGCAUAUAGUACAGUACAUGCUUGCAACAUGUGAACAUUUGUCCUUUUCUGUCUCUAUACCUCAAAUGAGGGGAAUAAAUAUUUCUUCCCA